CUCGAUAAUGCUGUCCGAGGCCCUCAGCCGAGGUGCGGAGCCCUUGCUGGAUCCGGGGAAAGGAGCGUGCAGCGCGGUGGGCGCUGAAAGUCAUUUUCUUCCCGCGAACAAUUCUUGACAGAGCAAGCGACUACUAGCCCUGGUCCGGGACGGGGGCGGGGGCGACUAGUGGAAAACGGAAGAGCCCUAUGGCUUGACAGACAGAUGGGAAAUACGGGGGCCUGAAUUGCCCAAAACAUUGGCUAAAAGAAUCCCCAGCCACAAAUCUCUUGCCUGGGUCGUUGCAAUCGUUCCCCAAUUGCCCAUCUUUAGCCCCCGCUCCAACUCUGUCCCCCGCCCCGCCACCUCUUCUUAAUACCGUAGCCGCCCGAGGGCCUUUAAGGCAGAACAGGACACCCCCGAACCCCGCUCCCCAAUAGCUUCAUCAGAAUCCUAUAAAAGGUUAUUGACCUACAGACAAGGCCACCUGCUCCCUGCGUUCUGACCACACAGGCCUCAUGGCUGUCCUUGGGGCAGAGCCAAGCACUGUCCUGCCUCUGGACCUCUGCACUGCCUGUUUCUUCCCGGAAAGCUCUUCCCCCAGAUACAAUGUCACUGUAUCAGAGCAGCCUUCCCUGAACAACCUGCAUGUAAGAAACCCCACUCUUCCCUUGCUGUCACCCCUACUCUGCUUUAGUUUUCAACGUAGUACUUAUCACCUUGUGACAUUUUUUAUGGGUUUGUCCAUUUUCCUCCACUAGUAAGUUCACAAGAGCAGGGUUUUGUUCGCCAGUAUAACCCAGUGUGUGACAGGUAUUCAUUAAAUCUUUGUUUUUGAUUCAUAAAUUCUCUUUUGAAUUCCAGAAUAUGAGACUUCCUAUUGCCUGUGAUUUCUUUAGUACUAAAAAUGCCUUGCCAGAUGGAAGCUAAAGGACAGACUCCCUGCUGUCACUUAGGAACUUAGAAUCUUAGGAACUUAGAAUCUUGGGCAGUUUAUGCUCUUGUUCUUCUGUUUGCUUAUUUGAACCUGAAGAUCCUUAACACUGUUUAUUCAUUCAAUUCAUCAGAUAUUAGUUGAAUGCACGUUGUUUGCCAAGCUUUGCACAGGUCCUUUGAGGGGGCUGGGUCCACAGGGGCUUGGGUCUGCCCUAAGGGUAUCAAGGCACAGCCAAAGUAACUUCUGGGCAUGAGUAAGAUGGACAUGUAAUAUUUAUUAGUGAUUAUGAUGGAGAUUUCUUUUAGGAAGAUGGUAACAUAGUAUUAAAAUAAGAUUUAUUAAAAACAAUUGAAGGGCUUCCCUGGUGGCGCAGUGGUUGAGAGUCCGCCUGCCGAUGCAGGGGACACGGGUUCGUGCCCUGGUCCGGGAAGAUCCCACAUGCCGCGGAGCGGCUGGGCCCGGGAGCCAUGGCCGCUGAGCCUGCGUGUCCGGAGCCUGUGCUCUGCAACGGGAGAGGCCAUAGCAGUGAGAGGCCUGCGUACCGCAAAAAAAAAAAAAAAAAAAAUUGAAAAAAAAAAAUUGAAAAAAAAAGCCUGUUUCUUUUUUUCCAAACUUGUAAGUACUUUUUCAAAAAUGCCAAUUUAACUCCUUAUUUGUUUACACAUAUAUUUCACUUAAAUUCAAACUGGCUUGUCAUUCUGAAGAUCAGCAGUUACUUAAAGUUAAAAGUGUUGAGGAUUUAGGGUAUUUCAAUAGGACUUCAGGUUAAAUAAUUGCUAAGGACUCUUCCAUAACUACUGUUCUGAGAUCUAUGACCUCCUCCAGUUGGAUGUAUGGUCUCAUACUCGUGACUAAACUAAAUGACACUUCGGUUCCUGAAAAUAAUGAUACAGCUACAGAUCCUUAUCUGAAACCCUUGGGCCAGGUAUGUUGUGGUACUCAGAGAUUAUUGGAUUUUAGAAAGGCAAGGCAGUAUAAAUCCCAUCUAUUUGUAAUGUUCUCAGUAGGGUUUGGGGGCAACACUCUAUCAUAAAACAUUUCUGCAGUGAAAUGUAUAAAUCGACAACAGAGUACGAUUAAGACUGUAAAUAGCUCAUGUCAGUUCAGGUCUAGAUGCGGGGCUACACACCCACCAAAAACAAAACAAAUGAAAACAAAGUAAACCUCAGUUUUCAGUGCUUUUGCAUUUUGGAAUUGUAGACCAGAAGCACUGUUUAUUGAGGGCCAGUGGUGUGGGAGACCCUGCUGGAUGCUUUUUGUCUGAUUUACUCCUCACAACAACCUGUGAAUCAGGUGUUUUCAUUUCUGUUUUCGGGUCAUGAAUCAAAGGUUCAAAGAGGUGACUCGCCCAGAUCUAUGUGGCUUUAAAGCAUAGCCCUCUCCACAACACUAAGCGGUGAUGUGAAGACAGCACCUUUGCUCAGAUCUGAGCCCUCCCAGCCACCAGCAUUGCUCACCCAAACCACUGCGGCAGCCCCGACUUGGUCUCCUGACUUAUACUCAUGCUCCACUCAUCUUUUCUACACCCACCCCUCAUACUCUGUUCUUUACAUAACAUUAGAGUGACCAUUAAAAACAUAAAUCCAACCACAUCACCCCUCUGCUGAGAACCCUCCAAUAGCUUCCCACUGCAAUUAGAAUAACUUCCACAAUCCACACCUUGGCCUUCAAGGUCUCUGUGCUGUGGCACCUGCCUACCUCUCAGACUCAUUUCCCAUCGUUUCCCCUUGUUCACUGUGCAGCAAUCUCCUUGACCUUUUUGUCAUCCCUCCAAAAGCUGUGCUGGUGCCUGCCUCCAGGCAUCCUCUGCCUGAGAUGGUCUUCCCCCAUAUCUAAGUAUGGUGGACUUUCUCAUCAUCCAGACUUGAUUUAAAUAUUGCCUCCUAAGAGGGGUCUUCCCUGACCACUGUAUCAAAACCACCUCCCUCGUUUCUCUGCCCCCACCUAUUAACACUCUUCUAUCUCAUAGCCCUAUUUCAUUUCAUUGUAGCACUUCCAGCCAACUGUUAUCCCCUCCUGUUACUUGUUUCUGGACUUGGUCAUCUUUCUUUCUUUCUUCAGUGGAAUGCAGGUUACUGUAGGAAAAAAUGGCCAGUGGUCGUUCACCAUGUUUCUAUAUAGAAGAACUUAAUAAGUACCAACUAAGGAACACUGCAGUACUUAAGUAUUGUGAACUAUCUAAGACAGGACCUCCACAUAACUUAAGGUUUACCUAUCAAGUUAUAAUAGAUGGCAGAGAAUUUCCAAAGGCUGAAGGUAGAUCAAAGAAGGAAGCCAGAAAUGCUGCAGCCAAAUUAGCUUUUGAAAUAAUUAGUAAAGAACAGAAGGCCGCUAGUCCUUCAUCACUGCAGACAGGAGAUCCUUCAGAAGUACCACCCAUUGAGAAUUACAUAGGCCGUGUUAAUACGAUUGCCCAGAAGAAAAACCUAUCUGUAAUUUAUGAAGAAUGUGAAUCGAGGGACAGUGGGCCCGAUAAAUUUCAUUAUAAAUGCAAAAUUGGACAGAAUGAAUAUGGUAUUGGUAUAGGUUCCACUAAACAGGAGGCAAAACAAUUGGCUGCUAAACUGGCUUAUGAAAAGAUACAGUCAGAAAAUUUAAUGAAAGCUGACGCGUCCUCUGGUUGUUUCAAUACUGUGUGUGGUGAUGUCCAAAGCAACUCUUCAGCGACAAACACAUCUGCUUCUGAAUCACCAUCUGAAAAUGACUUCUCAACAAGUGAAGCGGAAAGCAAUGAUAACAGUGACGCAGUAGACAAGUCUUUCCAAUCUCCAGAGAACAGUUCCAGAAAUAAUCCCAGAAAGGUGAAGAGAUCUUUGGCACCUAGAUUUGACUCUCCUGUGAAGACGGAAGAAAGCAUGUAUACUGUGGACUCCAGGUUUAUCAGAGAUUUUACAGAAAUAACACCAAUUGGCGCAGGUGGAUUUGGCCAAGUUUUCAAAGCCAAACACAAAAUUGACGAGAAGACUUACGUUAUUAAAUGUGUUAAAUAUAAUAACGAGAAGGUAGAGCGUGAAGUGAAAGCUUUGGCAAUGCUUGAUCAUGCAAAUAUCGUUCACUACCACAGUUGUUGGGAUGGGCUUGAUUACGAUCCUGAGCAAAGCAUAAAUUCUUCAAGAUCAAAGACUAGGUGCCUUUUCAUCCAAAUGGAAUACUGUGAUAAAGGGACAUUGAAGCAAUGGAUUGACAGUAGAAGAGGCAAGGAACAAGACAAACGUUUGGCUUUGGUAUUCUUUGAACAAAUAACAGAAGGAGUGCAUUACAUACAUUCAAAACAGUUAAUUCAUAGAGACCUUAAGCCACAUAAUAUAUUUUUAGUAGGUACGAACCAAAUAAAGAUUGGAGACUUUGGACUUGUAACAUACCUGAAAAAUGAUGAAGCGCGGACAAGUAAACAGGGAACUAGGCUAUACAUGAGCCCAGAACAGAUUGCUUGUAUAGAAGACUAUGGAAAUGAAGUGGACAUCUUUGCUCUGGGACUAAUUCUUGCAGAACUUCUUCACAUAUGUCCCACUGAGGUAGAAACAGUGAAGAUUCUUGAAGGUCUAAGGGAUGGCACCUUCUCAGAUGUAUUUGACAACAAAGAAAAAAAUCUUCUACAGAAAUUACUCUCAAAGGAUCCCAAGGAACGACCUAACACAUUGAAAAUACUGAAAAUACUGAAAAUACUGAAGGAGUGGAGUAAUAUUGCAGAGAAAAAGAAAUGGAAUACAUGUUAGAUACUUAAAAAAGUGUCCUUCUUCUGAUACUCCAUUUUCCUAUAACUGUCUAAAGUCUGCUUGGGAAUAUUAAUGGUAUUUAUCUUCUAUUUUCCUUUCUCCCUUAAUUUUUUGCCACAUUUGCAGAAAGGUUUGCAUUUUUUCUUACUUCAAAAACAUUCUUAUAUUUGCCUUCCCCUCGCUCAUCUCCUUAUUAUGAAGAUGGGGGAAAAAAUGCCUCAAAUUUUCUUUUUAAUACCAAUUAGUUAAUCAAUUAAUGAAUGACUAUUUAUUAAAUACCUGCUGUUUCUAGGCCAAAAAGAUAUAAGAUCUAUCUCUGUCCAAAAUAGCUAACAAUCCAGCUGGAGAAAUAUGGUAACCAUGAAAAGAUAAGUAUAAUCACUUUGGAAAGCAAUUUGGUAUCAUCUAGCAAAGUUACAUGUAUAUUGCCAUUCCUGAAAAGCCAUCAGUUCCAUUGCUACAUACAUGUGCACAGGAAUGUUCAUAGAAAUGCCGUUUAUUAUAGUCAAAGGAACAGGAAACAACGCUAAUGUGCACCAGAAGAAGAAUGGAUACAUAAAUUGUAUUCACACACUGGAAUACUAUAUAGUGUUUUAUAGUGAAAAUGAAGGAAUUACAGCUAAAUGCUGUAACUAAAUGCAUGUAACUAACAUGCCACAUCUCUCAGGAACAUAAUAUUAAGCAAACAAAGCAGAUUGCAGAAAAUACUGUAUAAAGUUCAAGAACAUGCUACGUGAAAUGUGUGCUUAGGUAUUCAAACAAAUGUGGUAAAACAAUAAAGGGAAGGAAAGGAUUGAGAACUAUUAUUAGAUUCUGAUAGUGAUUGGCUCUGAGGAGGGAUGGGAGUGAUGUGAUUGGAGAAACGGACUUCCGAGGUAACAGUUAACUUUCUUUUCUUACACUGGCUGUUGAGUCCACUAGUGUUUACUGCAUAAUUAUUCUAUUUCUCUUAAAUACAUUUUGUACCUAUUAUAACAGACACUUUAAAGAGAUGAUAACUAUGCUGUAAGACAGUAGCUGAGCAUAGAAAACAAUCAGUCUGGAGGGGUGAGAUCACUCUAUGCUGAGGACCCAUGGCACAGGGCUUAGAAGUGACACUCCAGUGAGACUUCCAAGUAUGUGAAGGAUUUAGAUGAAUAGAGAGGAGAACAUUUGGGCAGUAUGGGCAAGGGGCAUGGCAUGCGUUCUGGAAAAGAUAGAUUUGAGGAACAUUGGGUAUACUAGUUUGUUUCCCUGAAUUGCUGUAGGGAAUGCCGGAAAAUAAUAUGAGCUGUAUAUUGGAAGAACCUGAGGGUUCCUUUAAGCUUUAUAGCAUCCAACUACCAUUCUAGAAUUGUCGUAUAAUUUUACAAUUUUUAAAAUGAGCCAAAUUUAGGCUUAGCAGAAAAAUCAUAGUAAUAGAUAAUAUUUUUGUGAAGGCUUAUAGCAAUUUCUAAAAAGUGUUACUAAAAGCAUUUAAUAUGGUCUUCAACUCCCAUGCAGUAUUUGAUUAAGGCAAGGUUCAUCAAUGGAUACUAAAAUUAUUGGUUGAAAAGGCGUUGGGAAACAGGAGCCUCAAAAGGAUUUAAAUAUAGUCCGACAGAUGAUAUUACAGAGGGGAAAAUGUAUCUUUAAAAUGGAAAGCUCUUAUCACCACAAUAAUAAAGUAAUUAAAUUUAGUAUCACCGAAAGUGGAGGAACCUAACAUCAUGACCCUCCUGAUGUGAUGUAAGAAUUAUACACUAUCACCUAUUUAGUUUUCUUGCCCAAAGUGUUUAACUGGAAUUUAAUCAUGAGGAAAUGAUUAGACAAAUCCUGAAAGAAGUCAUUUGAUAAGGUAAUUAACUUGGAUUUCUCAAAAAGUCAGUAUCAUGAAAAAAAAAAAGUAGGGGAAUUCUUCUAAAUACAGAGAGACUAGAAACAUAUAAUGACCAAAUGCAAUGCUUGAAUCUUGAUUGUAUACUGGAUAUAAAAAAAAAAGAAAAACCCAGAAAAUAGCUAUAAAAGACAUUUUUCAGGUAGUUGAGAACAUUUGAAUAUAGACUGCAUAUUAAAUGAUGUUAUAGAAUAAUUGAUAAUUUUCUUAGGUGUGAUAAUGAUAUUAUGGUCAUGCCAGAAAAUGUCUUAUUCCUAGGCAAUGCAUGCAGAAAUACUUAGGGGUAAAGUGGCAUGACAUAUGCAACUUCCAAAUGUUCAGCAAAAAUCAAUGAUAAUACAUAUAUAUAUAGAAAGAUAGUACAUAUAUAUAUAGAAAGAGAGAGAGGAAAUGUGGCAAAAUGUUAACAAUUGAAAAAUUGAUAAAUCUAGGUGGACAAUAUAGAAGUGUUUCUUGUAUUAUUCUUGGAGCUUUUCUGUAGGUUUGAAAUUUUUCUGGGUGGAGAGAAAUCUUUUUUAAGAAACUGAUAUUAUCUGGAUUUGAUGAAUAAGGCUAAACUCAAAAGAAAAACCAAUGAAUGUGGAAAUUAGUGUGAAUGUGGCCUUAUUUUUACCUUCUUUCAUUUUUUAAAUUUAAGUAUAGUUGAUUUGCAUUAUUAUAUUAGUUUCAAGUGUACAACAUAGUGAUUGAAUACUUUUAUAUAUCCUUCUCUCACUUUAAUAUUUCUACUACUAUGAAGUAAAUAAAGCAUCCCUUGAUGCUUUUAUUUAUUUGAGUAUAUAUUUUCUCAGCCUCAAAACUAUAGUAAAUAAAAAGUAUCCUCAGGCUUCCCUGGUGCCGCAGUGGUUAAGAAUCCACGUGCCAAUGCAGGGGACACGGGUUCAAGUCCUGGUCCGGGAAGAUCCCACAUGCCGUGGAGCAACUAAGCCCGUGCGCCACAACUACUGAGCCUGAGCUAUAGAGCCCGCAAGCCACAACUACUGAGCUGGCGUGCCACAACUACUGAUGCCCACGUGCCUAGAGCCCAAGUUCCUCAACAAGAGAAGCCACCACAAUGAGAAGCCCAUGCACCGCAAUGAAGAGUAUCCCCCGCUCGCUACAACUAGAGAAAGCCUGCACACAGCAACAAAGACCCAACGCGGCCAAAAUUAAAUAAAUUUAAAAAAAAAAGUACCCUCUUAUCAGAGGAGGAGAGGGGCAAAGGCCAGGGACCUUAUUUGCUAAUUAAAACAUACAUACAUGCAGAGAUUUUGAAGAGCUAUUGUGACCUAGCUGCUUCACUAGGAACAGAACUUCUAGGAAAUUUUUAUUACUAACCACACAUAUAUUUUUUAUUAAAUGUGCACAUAUUUAACAUAGGUACAUAUAUAUAUGUAGCUUACUCAGAGCAUGUAUGUUAUUUGUGUUAGGUAUAUUUAGUAUAAAUACACAUAUACAUAUAUAAGUGUGUGUGUUUGUGUGUAUGGCCAGCUAUAUAAUUUGUGGGACCCAAUGCAAAAUCAAAAUGUGAGGCCCUUGUUCAAAAAUUAACAUGGGGCCUUAUGCAACCACACAGGUUGCGUGUCUAUGAAGUCAGACUUGCGUGUACAUACACAUGUGUAUACACACAUAUAUACGUACAUGCACACCUAUGUAGGAAAUGUUUAGAAGUCUAAAAGCAAGCUUUUCCCAGACUCCAUCAUCCAGUGUACCUACCUGAGAGAGAAACUCAUAGCAUCUAUUUCCCACUUGAGUGUUCAGCAUAGCUUGAGGUUCUUGGCAUGCUAACUUUUUCAUUAUGAAUAUGGAAUGAUUUCAAUAUUAUUCAUAUUUUAAUACGUUUUUGUGUUAAAACAUACACAAAAACAGAGACUAGAAUAAUGAAACUCUGUGUACUCAUUACCCAGCUUCAACAGCUAUCAAUAUUCUGUCUUUCCUGUUUCAUUUACCCCUACUUUUAAUAAAUGUCUUUUGCUGGAGGAUUUUAAAUUUCAGGCAUCGUAUCAUUUCACUUGUAAAUACUUAAAGAUGUAUUUCUAACAGAUCUUUUUAAUUUUAACCAAACCACAUCAUUGUCACUCAACAAAUUAAUAAGAUUUUCUUAACUAUCAUGUAAUAAUCAGCCUGUACUGAGUUUUCCUAUCUCAAAAAUGUCUUUCUGUAGAUUGUUUAAGUCAGGAUCCAACAUUUCAUUUAGUUGGUAUGUUUCUUUUACUCUAUAACAUCCACCUCGUUUUUAACUUCUUUCCUCUUGCCAUUUAUUUGAGGAAGGAAUAGGUCACAUAUCCUACAGAAUUUCCUUCACUUAGGAUUUGGCUGAUGGUAUCCCCAUGGUGUCUAGUUAGAUCUAGAAACUUGAUUUGAUUCUGUUCUGAAAUUUUUUUCUGAGAAUACUCCUAGGUGAUAACUAUAUACUUUCUUUUGCUUCACUUCAGGAGGAACAUGAUGUCUGGUUGUUCUGCUUUCGGUGAUUUUAAGUUUGGUCGGUGGCUUGUGGUGGUGUCAUCUACUAUGAUCAGUCUUCCUUGUCAGUCUUUCACCUAAUGGUGUUAGCAGCCAUUGAUGAUUAUUGCCUGGAUCCAUUAUUUCAUUAGGGGUUGCAAAAUAGUGAUUUUUGGAUUCUAUCAAACCUCUCACAUUUAUCAUCUGUGAUUCUUCUAUGAAGAACUUUCCCUAAAGUUGAAUGGGACAGAUGGGAUAAAUAUUUAUUAAUUUUUAGAAUGAAGUGGCAUCCCAGCAAUGUCCAAAGGUGACAAAGAGGUUUUUUUUUUUUAGGCAGGAGUGUGAUCCAACCUAUACUUUGAAAGUGUUCAGACUGGGUUGGAGCAGGAAAAGACUAUAUUUGAAAGGUCAGAAGUCCGAGAGGCUAAGAGGGCCUGAACAAUGGGAGGGGACAGAACCAAGAGGAGCUGGCAACUGACUGGUUGUGAGGAUUUAGGGAAAUGUAAGCAUCAGAGACUACCUCUAGGUUGGUUGGAUGGUGAGUGCCAGGAGUAUGAUGCCAUUAAAGAAGGUACAAAUCUCAAUCAAAUUAACCCCGUCAAAGAGCCGUGCAUAUUUCAGAGAUAUUUUGUCUCACACAGUUUUUAGUUAGAAUUUAAGCCAAUAGUGGGGCUGCUUUUCACAUGUCAACAAGGUGAAGGGGAGCAGAUUUGGGAGGUAAAACACUAGAUCUCAUUUGGAGAUGCCAAGUUGGAGGUACUGCCAUAAAUUCAGGGGAGGGUGAAGAGCAGACUCUAGGAAAUGCAGGAGAGGAACUUGAGAGAAGGGAUGAACUGGAAUCAUACACAGAAGAGAUGUGUAUGUUAUCUGGAGGUAAGCCCUGAUGCUUAACUUUGAAUCCAAGGGAUUGCCCAGGGAGAGAUUACAUAGAGGAGAGGGCUCAGAAACAAUAGCACAGCAGACACCUCCAUUUAGAUAUUUACUCUUUAUAUCUAAAUGUCAGUCCACUCCCUACGUCUGUCACCAUGAGCUAUCCCAGUCAUGACAUGUCCUCAGGAUGGUCACAGAUGCAGGGACUACAGUUGAUAGAUGUACAGAGGCCCCACUGUUGGCUUACACUCUGACUAAAAACCGUGUAAUGGGUGAAACUGAGGCAAAUCAGAUAUCUCUCAAAUAUGUGUGGCUCUUGAGGGGUCAGUUUGAUUGAGACCUGUAUUGGUUUUCUAGGGCUGCUGUAACCAGUGACCACAAAACUGAUGACUGAAAGUGACACACAUUUAUUCUCUUACAGUUCAGGAGGCCUGAAGUCUGAAAUGGGUUUCACUGGGCUCAAGUCAAAGUGUUGGCAGGUCUGUGCUCCUCUGGGGUCUCCCGUUCUGCAUCUCACAUUCAGCAUUACCUGAAUAGGCCCCAGCCACACAGGUCUGCUCAGGGUCACCUCAAUAGGCUUUUGUGCUCAGUGGCGCUCGGCUAUGGUUUCUACCUGAAAUUCCCUUCAAUCUUUUUUUUAAGUAACAGCUUUAUUGAGACAUAAUUCACAUACCAUAAAAUUCACCCCAUUUAAAGUAUACAGUUCAAUGGUGUUUAGUAUAUUCAGAGUUGUGCAACCAUCACCACAAUCAAUUUUUAAACAUUUUUGUCACUCCAAAAAGAAACCCUGUACCCAUUAGCAGCCAUUCCUCAUCUUCCUCCAACUCUAGGCAACCACUAAUCUACUUUCUAUCUCCAUAGACUUGCCUAUUCUGGACAUUUUGUGUAAAUGGAAUCAUGCAGUAUGUGGUCUUUUUCACUUAGUAUGUUUUCAUCUGUGGUAUAGCAUGGAUGGAAAUUCCUUUCCCUUUUAUUGCCAAAUGAUAUUCAGUUAUAUGGAUAUAUCACAUUUAAUUCACCUAUUCAUCAGCUGAUGGACAUUUGGGUUUCUACUUUCUGGCUAGUAUGAAUAAUGUUGCAAUGAAUAUUGGUGUAUGAGUUUUAUCUGGACACGGUUCCAUUUCUCUUGGGUAUAACUUAAGAGUGGAAAUGCUGGGUCAUAUUGUAACGCCUUCCUCAUAACUGCAUAUCAAAGUUAUGCUGAAAGCCCAGAUUCAGUGCUGCUACCAUAGUGUUCUACCAUCUCCCACUCGGAAUGAAACUUCUCCCUAAUACUUCAGUUAUUUAGUUCUUCAGCAUUGUACCUACCAGUUUGCUUUGGAGCUCAGUUAUUCCUGCAUGGGUGUUUCCCUCCUUGUAAAUUUCUGGAAAGCAGGGACAGGCUCUCUCAUUUUGAUUUGCCCCAAGGCAGCAAGUGUAUUACCCUGCAUUUAAGCAGGAACUCUAUAAGUGCUUUUGAAUUAGUAGGGAAUAAAAGUGUUAAGAAUUUCAUAUACUUAAUCCUGCAAAAUGUGUCUAAUACUAAAUAAUAAUAAUGUUCACUGUAAAAUUUCAACAAUUAAAUGUUGAUAAAUAACAAAGUAAAGGUGGGUAUGGUAAACCAAUUUAGUAUAUUAAAGUCUAUUUAUUUUGAAUUUUAAAAGCUCCAGUAUUUUGGGUUUAUAAGUAGGAAAAUGAAACAUUUUAGAAAUUCUAGAUAGGACUCUGAAAAUAAACAUAGUACAAUAUAAACAAAAGUAAAUGACAACAAGUAAAUUUCUGGCCUCUGGCCUGGAAAUGCAGACCACAACUCUGGUGGACUUAUGGGUUCCAUCAAGGUUAUUCCUACAUUCACAGCAUAUUUGUUCACAGACAUAUUCAAAAUACUCUAGGCCACUGGGCAGGUUGCCCUACAGUCAGUAAGAGGAGAAAAGGAAGCCAGUUCCUAACUCCAUUCUGUCUGAAAUUAUCCACAUGGCGUUGGGUCUGUCCAAAUGAAUGUUGGUUUGUUGGCUGAAAUGACAGGAAAGGAUGUGACUAUAAUUCCAAGAAGAAGAUAUACUUUGUUUUAGCUGUUAAUACAAUGUUACGAUUUUUUUAAAUGGAAAAAGUAACUAUCAGUUUUAUCCAACUAUAUAAGCUCCAAUAUUUUAUAUAUGUAUUUAUAGUCAUAAAACUCAUAAUUCAGUUUCUAGAUGAAGAACUGAGGCCCAGAAGUUAACUACGUUUUCAAGCUCUGCUGCAUUUUAUUUAUUUAUUUGAUUGCAUGGGGUCUUAGUUGAGGCAGGCAGCCUCCUUAGUUGUGGCAUGUGAACUCUCAGUUGCGGCAUGUGUGUGUUAUCUAGUUCCCUGUCCAGGGCUCUAACCCCGGGCCCCUGUAUUGGGAGCGUGGAGUCUUAUCCAAUGCGCCACCAGGAAGUCCCUCUGCUGCAUUUUAGAAUCAAGGGUAGUGAUACACAGGCCACAGUGACCAAUUACAUCAGAAUCUCUGGAGGUGGGACCUUUGUAAUAUCAUGUUUUUUAAAGCUCCCCAAGUUAGACUUGAGAACAAGUGAACUAGGUCAAAUUAGGUCAGAGGCUAAUACAACUCGUACUACUGAUUAUCUUAAUUUGGGCAAGUGUAGGUUAGCUUCUGCUAUGUUGUCAGGUAUGCUGUUUAUAAUAAAAAGAGGCUGAUCUCUUGCUCAGUGCUACUGAAAGGUGAGCUGUAAAACUGUACAGAUGAGGUCACAACUUGAUCCGAAGAACAGUCAUGCUCUAGUUUAACCUAGAGCGCUAGUUCUCAUCCACAGGUGAUAAUCAGACACAUUCUUAGAACUUUAAAAUAAAUAGAUAUCCAGAAACUAUCCUAGACUAGCUGAAUCAAGUCACUAAGGGUGGCACCUGAGCUUGUGAACUUUAAAAAGGUUCAUGAUUUUGAUGCCCAAACUUAGAUGGAGUUCUCUAGAGGUGUGCCACAUGGUAUGUCUUUAGCUAUAUCUGGUUAAAUUAUAGGGAAGCAGAAUUCAGCUUAAGACAGAAAAAUAACUUUUAAAAUGACUUAGAGCUACCCAGCAAUGCAACGGUCCAUUUUAAGGCAGUGAGCUCUCUGUGGCUGGAGGAAUAAAGGCAGAGGUUGGAUUACCACCUGCUAGGAAUGUUGUCAAAGGGAUUAAGAAGUUGGAUCACCUGAUAUUUAAGGUUACUCCUAAUUAUUGUUUCUUUAGCCAAAAUGGGCAAUUGUUCACUUAUAAUGGAUAUACACAUUGCUAUGAAAACUCAACGAUUUUACGGAAUAUCAUAACUACUUUGUUUCUAAAACUGAUUAGAAUUAAGUACUAUUAAUGGAUCCUUGCCUCUGACAUUACUCUUAUUGAGGGGAAUACUUUUCCUCUCCUCAUGCUUGCAUGAAGGGAACUUCUUGCUCCUUGGAAGAGAGAAGUGUGGGAACAAGCUCUGUGAACCUGUAUUCAUUCCGUCUCAACAGAGAGGUGUCUCAUCUGAUGAGUGAUUUUGGGAAAAGGAACUGAGCAUGUAUGGCCCCACCCCUGAGGGGUUGGUUCUCUCACCUUGAAAGCUAAUGGUCUCCUAAUGCAAAGAUGGGCUCUGUCCCUCCGAGGCAAGGUCGGCAGUUCUCUCUAACCAGGGAGAUCUCGCAGGGAGCAUGACUGGAGAACAAGUCAACUAGCUCUUUAUUUCAUUGAUAAUAAAGCUGAUAUUUUGAUCUCUAA